CCAAUUGAAAUAGGGGUUUCUUUGUAUACCAUACACAAUUUUAUAAUAAAAGUACGUUGCCUGUGAUCGUUGUUCAUUGGAUGUGAGCUGUUUUUUACUGGUCAGACUUAGAUGCAAUAAAUCUCACUAACAGUUUCUAACUUCUUGUUUUAUGAGGUUAGGGAGCAGUUAGUAAGAUUUUUGGAUUAAUGGCUGGUUUAAAAGAGGACCCAGUUCUUGGUAUUAACGAUAUAAUGGAAACAAACGAAGAGGCUGAGAUUAGGGACGGUGUUAUAGGCAAGGUGAGAGAGGAAGCGGGUCAAAGUGAAAAAGAUAUGGCUCCUCCUACUGGUAAUUCCAUUCAUAGGUCUGGUUCCAGACCCCAGCUGGACCUCAGCAAGGCUGCAAUUCAGGGGAAUUCUGAGGAGAGGGAUCCUACAAUUUUGUUGCCUAAUCAAUCCGAUGAUCUAUCCCAUUUGGCUCUUGAUAUUGGAGGAUCUUUAAUCAAACUGGUGUAUUUUUCAAGACAUGAAGAUAGAUCAAUAAAUGAUAAAAGGAAGAAGACAGUAAAGGAGAGAUUAGGGAUUUCUAAUGGUAAUAGGAGAAGUUACCCCAUUCUUGGUGGAAGGCUUCAUUUUGUGAAGUUUGAAACAAGAAAGAUUAAUGAAUGUCUGGACUUUAUUUCUUCCAAGCAGCUUCACCGUGGUGGAAUUGAUUCACAUGGUUGGCUUUCUGAGACCCCAUCCAAUUGCAAUGCUGUAAUUAAGGCCACAGGUGGUGGGGCAUACAAGUUUACAGACCUCUUCAAGGAAAGGCUUGGUGUUAGUCUUGACAAAGAGGAUGAGAUGGAUUGCCUUGUGGCAGGAGCAAAUUUUUUGCUUAAGGCUAUUCGCCAUGAAGCUUUCACACACAUGGAAGGUCGGAAAGAGUUUGUGCAGAUUGACCAUAACGAUCUGUUCCCUUAUCUUCUUGUUAAUAUUGGAUCUGGUGUUAGUAUGAUCAAGGUUGAUGGGGAUGGGAAGUUUGAGCGGGUUAGUGGUACAAAUGUUGGUGGUGGUACCUACUGGGGCUUGGGACGGCUGUUAACUAAGUGCAAGAGUUUUGAUGAGUUGCUAGAACUGAGUCAAAGGGGAGAUAAUAGGACAAUUGACAUGCUCGUUGGUGAUAUUUAUGGUGGUAUGGAUUAUAGUAAGAUCGGUCUCUCGGCAUCAACUAUUGCUUCUAGUUUUGGCAAAACUAUUUCUGACAAGAAGGAACUUGAAGACUACAGACCAGAAGACAUUUCCCUGUCCCUCCUGCGAAUGAUUUCAUAUAACAUUGGCCAGAUUUCAUACUUGAAUGCACUUAGAUUUGGGCUUAAGCGAAUUUUCUUUGGAGGUUUUUUUAUACGGGGCCAUGCUUAUACCAUGGACACUAUCUCCUUUGCUGUUCAUUUCUGGUCGAAAGGAGAAGCACAGGCAAUGUUUCUUCGCCAUGAAGGGUUUUUGGGGGCUUUAGGCGCAUUUAUGAGCUAUGAAAAGCAUGGUCUUGAUGACUUAAUGGUUCAUCAGUUAGUUGAAAGGUUUCCAAUGGGUGCACCAUAUACUGGUGGAAAGAUUCAUGGGCCUCCACUUGGAGACUUGAAUGAAAAGAUUUCAUGGAUGGAAAAAUUUGUGCUGAAGGGAACUGAGAUUACAGCUCCUGUACCUAUGGCUCCACCUGGAACAACUGGACUUGGUGGCUUUGAGGUUCCUUCAUCCCAAGGCCGUACAUUGCGUUCCGAUGCAAGUGCAUUAAAUGUCGGCGUUCUCCAUCUUGUACCUACUCUGGAUGUGUUUCCUCUGCUGGCAGACCCAAAAAUGUAUGAGCCCAACACUAUUGACCUCUCAGACCACAAAGAAUUAGAGUAUUGGUUCACUGUGCUGUCUGAGCAUAUGCCAGAUCUUGUUGAUAAGGCAGUGGCAAGUGAAGGUGGAACUGAUGAUGCCAAAAGAAGAGGUGAUGCUUUUGCUCGUGCUUUUUCUGCUCACUUAGCAAGAUUGAUGGAGGAGCCUGCUGCAUAUGGGAAGUUAGGUUUGGCCAAUCUUUUGGAACUCAGGGAAGAGUGCUUGAGAGAGUUCCAAUUUGUUGAUGCCUAUAGAAGCAUAAAACAGAGGGAAAAUGAGGCAUCACUUGCUGUAUUGCCUGACUUAUUGACGGAGCUUGAUGGUAUGACAGAGGAGACUAGAUUGCUCAUGUUAAUUGAGGGUGUUCUUGCUGCAAACAUAUUUGACUGGGGCUCUCGUGCCUGCGUGGAUCUCUAUCAUAAAGGAACAAUUAUUGAAAUUUAUAGGAUGAGUCGUGAUAAAAUGCAAAGACCUUGGCGGGUGGAUGAUUUUGAUGUUUUCAAGGAGAGAAUGCUGGGUUCUGGAGAUAAUAAGCCUCGCCCACAUAAGAGAGCUUUACUCUUUGUGGACAACUCAGGUGCUGACAUUGUCCUGGGGAUGCUUCCCCUUGCAAGGGAACUCCUCCGACGUGGAACUGAGGUGGUUUUGGUAGCAAACUCCCUUCCAGCAUUAAAUGAUGUGACUGCUAUGGAGCUCCCUGAGAUUGUCGCUGAGGCUGCAAAACAUUGUGACAUUCUUCGCAGAGCUGCUGAAGCAGGAGGUCUACUUGUGGAUGCAAUGAUUAACACUUUAGACAGUUCAAAAGAGAAUUCUGCUUCAGUUCCCCUGAUGGUUGUUGAGAAUGGAUGUGGGAGUCCAUGCAUUGAUUUCAGACAGGUCAGCUCUGAGCUUGCUGCUGCCGCAAAGGAUGCCGAUUUGAUUAUAUUGGAAGGGAUGGGGAGAGCUCUGCACACCAACUUCAAUGCUCAGUUUAAAUGUGAUGUUUUGAAGCUGGCGAUGGUGAAGAAUCAGAGGUUGGCGGAGAAAUUAAUUAAAGGAAAGAUAUAUGACUGUGUUUGCAGAUAUGAACCAGCUAGCUAGCUAGCUUAGAGCUUCUUUUCAAGUUAUUUGCCAUCAGUAUAUCAUCACUCUCAUAUUGUGCUAAGAAAUCAACAAGCAACUGUUAUACUUAACAAAAAGUCUGGAAAACAACCUGUAAGAUCGAUGUGCAGAUACUGCCUUUGACCUGGUUGCAACUCAACCCACGGAGGGGCAGAGGUUGCUAUUACCUGAACCCGAAAGAAAUAAAAAGUGGAAACAACAGUUUAUGUUCUGUGCUUCCUCCAUUUUCACUAUUUUACUUGUGACUGUGAAAAACAGCGGAAGCUUGUGGUCUACUACCUGCCAGUGUCCACUUUUUCUUUAAGAGAGGAAAUACACUUUUGUAAACAAUAUGUACAACUUUAUGCAAAUGAGAAAAGGGAUUAAUUCCCUUUAUAUUGAAAUAACUUUUAAUAAAUUUGUAAUUUAUUUUUCCUGUACAGCAGUUGGUUCUAUA